AUGCAACAACCCAUCUACCGUUACGACCUGCCCCAGCUCCGGGGCGAGACCCUGCUCACCGAGGGCGGGCUCGAGCUCACGCUUGUGUUCGAGGAGGGGUACGAGCUGCCGUGCUUCGCGGCGUUCCCCGUUCUGGAGACCGAGGAGGGUCGCGAGUUCAUCCGGCGGUACCAGCGCCGGUUCAUCGACAUCGCACGCCGCGCCGGGACGGGGCUGCUCAUGUGCACGAACACGUGGCGGGCCAGUCGCGGCUGGGGCGAGCAGCUCGGCUACUCGUCUCAGGACAUCCGGCGGAUCAACCGGUUCGCGGUGGAGCUGGUGUGCGAGGCCCGCGCGGAGGCGGGCGAGGGCGUCGGGCCGCUCGUGGCGUGCGGGGCCGUGGGCCCGCGCCGCGACGGGUACGUCGCGGACCUCGUCAUGACCGCCGAGGAGGCGCAGGCGUACCACGCGGACCAGAUCGAGACGCUCGCGGGGACGGCGGCGGACCUGGUCACCGCUUUCACGCUGACGAAUGUGAACGAGGCAAUCGGCAUCGCGAAAGCGGCGGCGUCGGUUCGGAUGCCGUGCGCGAUCAGCUUCACGGUGGAGACGGACGGCCGUCUGCCGUCGGGCGUCUCGCUCCGCGAGGCGGUGGAGCGCACGGACGAGGCGACGGGCGGCUCGCCGGCGUAUUACAUGGUGAACUGCGCGCACCCGACGCACUACGCGCACGUGUUCGAGGAUGCCGGGCCGUGGUCGGAGCGGCUGCUGGGCGUGAUGUCCAACGCCUCGUGCAAGAGCCACGAGGAGCUGGAGGCGUGCACGGAGCCGGACUACGGCGACCCGGAGGACUUCGGUCGACGGACGUCGGCGCUGCGCCGGAUCCUCCCGCACCUCACGGUGCUGGGCGGUUGCUGCGGGACGGACCACCGACACAUCCAGGCGGUGGCGGAUCACGCGGGGCGCGGGCCGAAGAGCGACGCGGCAUGA